ACUUACUCCUGCUUUAUUUCAGGAAAAUAUAGAGCAUGCCUCAAGCACUACAUGCAAAAUCCAUCUACAUAAAAAGACUAUGAGAGACUGCAUAACCUAAAUUAAAGAUGUGACCAAGCAGCAAUGCUGUUUAGAGCAGGUUCUAUCCUGCCUGAGAAGAUAUACUUCAGUGGUUGACAUUAAUCAGCAGUUUGAUGAUGUUGUAACCAAACAGCAAGCAUGUCCAAAAAGACUUCGUCUAAACGACAUUAUAAACCAUCAAGUGAGAUUGAUGAUGCAGCUCUCGCCCGCAAAAGGGAGUAUUGGAGGAGCAAGAAACGAGAGCAGAGGGCGAAAAAGUCAUCUGCCAAAAAGAAGAUUGGAAAUGAAAAUGUGAGGUUGUGCAGGUCAGUUGGUAGACAUGAACACUUCGUGCAGAUUCCCAAAGUUAGCGGUGGUCUUCCUCUACGUAAUUGUGACUUUUCAUGCAAACUGGAAGAGGGUGACGUUUCUAAAAACUCCUUCAGCUCAGGUCUGUCAGUGUCUGAGAGUAAUGUUGCUACAGGGCCAUGCCAAAAUGAUCGAUGGUUUCAAAAGAUGAAGCUCAACCAUGUCUUGCCUCAAAAAAUCCAAAAAACAAGCACCAAUUCUUUGAAGGUCAGUCAAAAUAUAACAUCAAACACAGAUGCUAAAAUAGUUGAGACGUCCUACCCUACAAGCCAUCCGCUGCCUACAACAUGCUUAGAGUUGUAUUCAAUGAGGACUGGUGCUCAAAACACAGGAGUGUCAACCAUAAAUGGCAAGCAAUUAACAAUGUCUCAGCAAAAGCAUGCAGCUGUGGUUUUACCAGUGCACAACAACCAGAACUGUCUCAGACCCUUGAACUCUGCAGAUUGCAAGGCUUAUGAAGUCCUUAAUAGUCAUAUAACAAAGAGAAGAUCACGUGCCUUUGCUUCAAAGCAGAACACCAGAGUGGCUAUGACCGAAGAAGAGACUGCUGCAAAGCGUAGAGAGAUUUGGCGCAUUAAAAAACGAGAACAGAGAGCAAAGCUGGCGGCGAGGCUGGCCAGGGAGCAAGAAGGGAGUCUUGGAAAAGCACAGCCAUCCCGUGUUGGUAUCACACAUGCUUUGUCUCCUGCUAACAGUAAAGCUUUGAGAGGAAUCAACUUCAACUCAGUGAAUCCAAUUUGCCUCAAUCAACAGCCAUUGGGAGCAAAAUUGUAUAGCUUUCGGACAAGAAAACAACAUUUUCAGGGCACAAAACCAAACCAUGCUUCAUUAACCUCUUGUAUCUUGCAACUAUCCUCAUGUACCACCCAAACUCUCAACAAAUCCAAAGUGCCAACAUUUGCGCCUACUCAAGGGAAACGUUGUCAGAAACAAAUGAGGAAACCUGUUCUUGGUGCUUCCAGAUUUGAGUCUCAAGAGGAUCGGCAUGCCAGACAGAAGGAGUAUUGGCGAAUUAAAAAGCGUGAACAGAGAGCAAGGCUGGCUAUGGUGGUGAAAGCGCGAUUAAAGGAACGAAAUGUGCUAAAACAUCAAGUGAGAUCCCACCACAGCAGUUUCAAACAGAUGUGUGCUCACACAAGCAAAGCAAAUGCACUUGCAAGUUCUUCACAGACCAUUGGUGGUUUUAUCAAAGAUGGCAGGACUAUGAUGGGCUCCAUUUCAAAGACUUCUCCUGAGGCUUCUCUAUCUGCAAGUUACAACUUUUUCAGUACAAAAAGCAUUGGGAAGAGGAAACUCCAGGUUAAAGUAGGUUCACCCCUACAUUCAAAUCCUCAACCAGCCACUAGGCUAGGUUCUGCUCCAUGCAGUUUUUCUACUAACGCUUUUCAAGACUCUUGGGAAAAGUCUAAGUUUGCCAGAGAUGCAGUUAAUAGCAGUAUUCCAAUCACAAUCCAGCCAGAAACCCUAACAGAAGAACAAAGAAUUGCCCGUUUGAGGGAGUACUGGAGGAUAAAGAAACGAGAGCAAAGGGCUAAGCGGGCUGCCCGGCUCAAGAAUGGUCUUCUUAGGUCCAAGGUUUUAGUGUUAAAGCAGAGAGAGCAAAACAAGAUGUCAAACCAAAGGCAUAGUAUUACUUCAUCUGUUUUCACUACAGUUUGUGAGUCCUCAACCAAUACGCCAACUCCAAUAAAAGAAGAACACGUCUAUCCCUCUAUAAAUGCUGUCUUUUCCAUCCCAGAAUUAAAUCCUUGCAUCAGUAUUAAAGAGACACCUGCUGAUCUUCAAACAGCUGUGGACCAUCAAGACACCACUCCGCAGGCUGUGGCCUCCAUGAAAAAGCUCCUGGAGGAAUUAGUUGGCACACCAAAAGAUAAUGCCAUCGAAAUGAGUGUGAAGAGUGAAAAUGAGCCUGUUCAGUUGACUGAAGAUGCAAAGCCAGACAUUACCUUACAACAAGAUGUAUUCGAGUGUGACAUCUCUGCAGAAACAAGCUUUAAAGUGGUCAAAAUGAGUCCUCGAGCAUCAUCUUUUGAUGACACCAGUCAUAUAUCUCAAAAUGUCUGUGAAGAGGUUGCAGAUGAAAGCAGUACAUUUUCUCCAGAGGCUCAGUGUAAAAACAUGAAAAAGUUUAAUGAUGAUAGGGCAGAUCUCAUGCUGUCCUAUCCUUUACAAACCUUGCAAGAGCAACAGCUUGGUGAGAGCGAUGAACUUCAAAGAAAGAGAGAGUAUUGGCGGUUGAUGAAGAGACAACAGCGGGCCAGAAAGGCCAACAAAGAUGCAGCUAUUCGCAGGCUGCCUCCACAGACUCCCAGCAAGAAACAACCCAGCACAACUGUCAUGCAAGAUAUUUUCCAGGACACCUCCACGUGCAGACUGCUUCCAUGUCAGAAAAGAGCAAGACGUUGCACUAAACCUGUAGCAGGUCUACAGACACAGUCUUCAAAUAAAUCAAGAACCAACAGAAGCCAAAUAAUGGCAACCCCAAAUCCACAAGAAGAUCCAGAAGAGGUUAUACGCAGAAGACGCAUGCAAUGGAGGAUCAAGAAACAGGAGCAGAGAGCUAGAAAAGCAGCAUGUGAGAAAAAGCUACACCAGAUGAUGGCUACUCCACAUGGCCAGGCUACACGGGCACGUAUGGGGGUAGACUCUUUUGAAUUAGAGCAGUGUUUAGAGGGCCCCACGUGGGGCCCCAGUCAUACCUCAGCACCAGAAUAUUGCAGGAGCAUUUUGGAGGCCUCUUUUAACUUGGAGCAGCGUGCAGAGGCCCUGUGUGGGGCCCUGGUGCCUGCAGGCAUGUGCACUGGAAUACUGGAGAGACAUGGAAAACUUUAG